AUGGAGCCGAAUAGUUUUUACAUAAAACUUCUAUAUGAACACAAAUUUCUCAAAACUCUCUCCGCCCGACUAAAGGAAGCAACUGAAAAGUCCAAAACAACCAUCAAGACGAAACUUAAUGGAAACCAGGUUUUGGGUUCUCGCUUGCUUCCUUUCCAUCCUCAAGAUGGCUUGAAAUGGAUUUGUCAUCCUCCUCGUCCGCAGAAACGUCAGCUUCGUACCAAGACCAACAAAUUAAUUUUAUCUUCAGCAGUGGCCGAUUUUUGUUUUGGGAUGAUAGUUGUCUCUUCCCGUUUUCUCUGCAGCAUGGAAAAUAAAUACAUUACUGGUUAAAAAGGAAUCUUCAUUGGGAUUUUUAGAGUAUUUUUAG